AUGACUUCUGAAAUUACAUGCGAACGAACUCUACUGACCAGCUACGAUUUCAAGUCAACUUCAACUACUCCAUGCAAUUUGUCAACACCAAAUAUUCAUGUUUCGAAUAAGUCUGAAACAGUUUUCCUAAAUGUUAGGCAUGAAUACAGAGAUUUAGGUGAUGUUGAGGGAAAAGUCAACGAAACACAUAGUACCUCGAAUGAGGAUACGAGGCCACUUGACGUUAGCUCAACUUUGGCUCGUAGAACUUCGUCGUUGUCACUCGAAGAUACUGAAAAAAAGGAGUCAUAUGAACUCCUUGAAGAUAUCCGAAAGAGGGAGCUCGACGACACUUUGGAAGAGCAUAUUAUCCCGUUUGAUAGUGACCUAUCAACCGAGCUGCGUAGAGAGGUCGAAUACCCUCACGGAGAUGUUUUUAGCAAAGCAUUAUCGGAAGCAAUGGAAAGGGAAACGGAAGACAAUGAUGGCUUGCCCAGUGAAUCUUGGGCACUCCAUAAAGUCGUUGAAUCUCCGAGCAAGCGAAGGAAAUUGGGAAGAAAGAAAUUGGCUCGCACCAUAGUCACAGAUGAACCAAACUUUGGCAAGGAUGAAAGCCUCACGAUUCCCGGUGAAUCAGUGCUUGCUUUUGCGAAAGAUAAUAAGUAUUAUCCUGCAAGAAUCGUAGGUUACACUGAGCCAAAUAAAUAUAAGGUUAAAUUCUGUGACAAGACAAGUGAUACUAUCCCUAGGAAUAGAUUCUAUACGAAAUACGAAAAGGGAUUCCAAACAUGCCAGGAUGAAAAAGCGUGGAGAUAUCAACAUUUUAUUGAAGGUGGAAAGAAACGAAGUUUACUUGCAGAGAAUGUAUCACCCGGUCCAUUUGAUUCAAAUGAGUUUAACAUGAUUAUGAAUGUUUUGAUAAGUAUGUUUGCUCCCAGGAUUGCAAAAUCCAUUAAUAAUUUGAUGAUAUCCACACAUAAGAACAGAGAAGCCAAUACCUUAAAAAGAUCGAAAGAAAUGCCGAGACAAGAUGAUGAGGCACGGUCAACCUUUAAUAGCUAUUCGGAUGACCUGCAGCUUCGAUUUAUAAACGAUGUUUUGCUUCCUGAAACCAUAAUAAGAUUAAUUAUGGAAUAUGAUGGAAUAGAUUAUGAGGCAGCCGAUAAUAAAAUGUUGACAGGGUAUAAAGAAGAAAGAUGGGUAGAAAACCUCAUGGCCGAGAGAGAGAGCUUCCAGGUCGGUAGAGAAAGUUUACACGAAAGGCAUAAAUGA